AUGGAGUCGAUCGUGCUCCCUUCCCAGGCCUUACACGGCAUCACACCUGCCUCAGCCCCAGAGAAAACGACCAGCUCACCGCGACGUCCUCGAUUGGCUUCAUUUUCAAGCACUCGUGAUUCCAGCAUUUCUUGGGGAAGAAGCCAUCAUCAUGGAUCUUUUCUUCACGCGUUAGGAUGCGCCGGCGUCAUGGUGCUCUCACCAUCACUAGUGGUAUUUUACUGGAUCAGUCUGUCCUCAUUCCACGGAUCCAUCAAUAUGGCUUGGCAACUGAUGCUGGAGAUGGGACCUAUCAAUUUUUUUCGAUUUUACGCUCCACGUCCUUCGAUGGCAGCCAGUAUUGGAUAUGGUGCUUGGCUGUUAGUUCAAGCUGGACUAUAUCUUUUUCUUCCCAGCGUGAUCAGUACCGGACAACUCACCCCUGCCGGAAACCUUUUGAAGUAUAGAACCAACGGACUUUUAGCAUGGUUCGUUACACACGGCCUAUUCUUUGGAUUGUCAAUCUCUGGACACUUGGAUCCUGCUAUUCUGGCUAAGAAUUGGGAGGGUUUAUUGGUCGCUGCCAAUAUUUGGGGGUUUUUGCUCGCCAGUAUUGCAUAUAUUAAGGCCCACGUAAGCCCAACGCAUGAGCUUGACCGAAAGUUCAGUGGCUCGAUUUUAUACGACAUGUACAUGGGAAUUGAGCUAAAUCCAAGGUUGGGAAAUACCUUCGAUUUCAAGCUUUUCACCAAUGGAAGACCUGGAAUCAUUGCUUGGACUCUUAUUGAUUUCUCCUUCAUCGCCUACCAGUAUCAGCUUCACGGGUACAUUACGAAUACAAUCGUGAUUUCGACAAUUCUCCACAGCAUCUACGCUGUGGACUUUUUCAUCAACGAGGACUGGUAUCUCCGUACAAUUGACAUCUGUCAUGAACAUUUCGGUUUCUAUCUCGCCUGGGGAUCAGCAGUCUGGCUACCAGCGAUGUAUACGCUACAGACGCAAUACUUGGCUCGAAACCCUGUAGCACUUUCUAAUCUACAUGCUUUGAUGAUUCUUGCCACUGGUAUCAGCGGCUACAUCAUUUUCCGAUCCGUCAACUACCAAAAGGAUCAUGUUCGACGAACGAAAGGCAACUGUCAAAUAUGGGGUGCGCCUGCGAAAGUUUUACACGUCAAGUAUAAGACAGCAGACGGACUCGAGCACAACUCGAUACUACUGUGCUCUGGAUGGUGGGGAAUGGCACGUCACGUCAACUACCUAGGAGAUCUCAUAUUGAGCUACAGCAUGUGUGCGACUUGUGGCUUUGAGGACUUCCUCCCGUGGACGUACGCGAUUUUUAUGACUGUGUUACUCGUACACAGAUGCUGGAGAGAUGAGGAGCGCUGCUCGAUGAAGUACGGGAAAGGAUGGGAGAAUUAUUGCAAGCAGGUCAAAUGGGUCAUUGUUCCCGGAAUCUACUGA